AUGACCGACUCCCACUCGACGUCCUCAAUUUCCCCUCCUAGCCGUCAUAUCAAUCGUUCAGGGCAAAGACAAAAUGAACCCUCCGACUCGCAGUUCUAUUCCGACGAUCGGAUCUUGUUGACACCCCCCCUUCAGACGUCAACCAUCAAUACCGUGGACCAGGCCUUAUACCAAAACAAUGCUCGGGUAUUUCAAGCGAAUCAACAGGCUAUAUCUCAAUAUGCACAAAUGGACGUUUCUCCCGGGAAAUCGUCCCGGAUACAUCACGAUGCGACACAUCUGUUGAGUGGCCUCCACAUCAGGACCGAUCUCAAUGCACCACAGCGCUCGGGUUCCACCCACUCAGUGGACUCUGAAUCACGACUGCGAUCGAGUGCUUCUGCUUCAAGUCUUCCCCGUCGAGUCCCUAGUGUUCGAGCGCAACUCCAUUCGUCGGCAGGCUCUGUUUCUCCUGGCACCGUCAUUUCGUCACCACAAAUCGCCGCCAUGCUCGAUAUCACACCCCUGCCCUCCCCGACUAUGACCACUUUUGAGUCUUGGAAAACCAUAUCAAGAACCAGAUCUCGGGGCUCCUCUAUCUCUUCCCUCAAAGCAGAAAUCCCUCCGGCCGGGGUGCCCUUUGCCACUUUGUCCCCGACUUCUCCUCGCCGUAAAGAUUAUCCAGGUCUAACCUCUCCUUCGUCAAGGUCAAAUACAUCUGAUGAUCAAGGUCUUCUUGUUGACGGCACACGCAUUAGAAGUGUCAGCGAAUACGUUCCGGAGGUGUUGGCCGUACAGAAGCCCCGAAACGUGGCUGUAUCCAGCACUGGAGGCCCCGCCGAGAAUGUGUCUGCUUCCACUGCCAUGCAUCGCGAGGAAUAUCUCGGUGAUCAAAGAGGCUUGACCUAUACCGGCGUACGACCUGCGACGCCAUCCGAGACCGCGGACGAGGCCGACACAGGCCAUGAAGAUGAACCAGCAGCCAAACGACCCCGAUUGGAGAUCUUUACCGCUAGAAGUAUUUCCAAAGGCGAGCUUCGGUCUUAUGAAGCCAUCCGUGAGCUCGGUCAGGGCACGUUCAGUAGAGUUUAUUUGGCGGUGCGACUGGUCCACAAUGAUCGCAAGGAUAGCGUGGACUAUAGGCAAGACAGUGUGAACAUGGCUGGAGUUAGAGCUAGAUCGAGAAGACUUGUUGCCGUCAAAGUUGUGGAGCAUGGUCCAGCCGGCGGGGCUGAUGCUGAAAGGAUCGAGGUGGGGCUGAAACGAGAAGUUGACUUGUUGAAGUCAAUCCAGCAUCCAUCCUUGGUCCAUCUCAAAGCAUUUGGCAAUGACGGCAAAUCUCGUGCGCUGCUGGUCAUGAAUUAUUGCCCGGGUGGAGACUUGUUUGAAGUUGCGACCAAACAUCGAGACGUUCUCACGCCACCACUGGUGCGACGUAUCUUUUCAGAGCUGGUGUCGGCCGCUCGGUAUCUUCACCAAAAGUACAUCGUUCAUCGAGACAUUAAGUUGGAAAAUGUCCUGCUUAACAUCCCAGUUCGUGUCCAUCCAGAUGUGCCCAAUUGGCAGACAUUAGAUCGAGCUGUCGUGACAUUGACGGACCUGGGCCUUUCACGUCGGAUACCAGAACCUCCGGAAAGUCCUCUUCUUACGACCAGAUGUGGGAGUGAAGAUUAUGCAGCUCCAGAGAUUUUGAUGGGACAACCUUAUGAUGGGCGACAGACGGAUGCUUGGGCUUUAGGAGUCCUGUUAUAUGCAUUGAUGGAAGGAAGGCUACCUUUCGACCCUCUGCCAGGGGCACGAGGAGAUCCAGCGACGCUUCGAGCAAGAACACCACAUCGCAUUGCCCGAUGUGAAUGGGCUUGGGUCAAAUACGGAGAUGAAGAUGGUGAAUGGGAUCCCGAAAAAGGUCGAGAAUUUCAAGGGGCGAUGGAAUGUGUGGAUGGGCUAUUGAAAAGAAAUACUCGACGAAAAGCAUUGACCGAAAUACGAGAGAUGCCAUGGGUUAAAGAUGGCAUUCAAGUGGAUGGCGGUCUUCGAUGGGUCGAAGAAGAAGCUUUGUAA